AUGCGCAGUAGCCCCGCGGGAGGUUCUCUGACAAAUGAAUGUCGCUACCAAGAGGUCCGAAAGAGGAUUCAUACUGAAGAGAAGCUGUACACCUGUGAUCAGUGUGGGACAGCUUUUACCCGACAAAGUCAUCUAAGGCGUCAUCAGCGUAUUCACACUGGUGAUAAGCCGUACAAAUGUGAUCAGUGUGGAAAAGCUUUUACCACAUCAACUAUUUUAAGGUGUCAUCAGCGUAUUCACACUGGGGAUAAGCCUUACAGAUGUGAUCAGUGUGGGGCAGCUUUUACCCAACAAGGUCAUCUAAGGAGUCAUCAGCGUAUUCACACUGGGGAUAAGCCUUACAGAUGUGAUCAGUGUGGGGCAGCUUUUACCAUGUCAGGUAGUCUAAAGUGUCAUCAGCGUAUUCACACUGGAGAAAAGCCGUACAAAUGUGAUCAGUGUGAGGCUGCUUUUACCCGUCAAGAUAGUCUAAGUAGUCAUCAGCGUAUUCACACUGGGGAUAAGCCUUACAGAUGUGAUCAGUGUGGGGCAGCGUUUACCGAACAAGGUCAUCUAAGGUGUCAUCAGCGUAUUCACACUGGAGAGAGGCCUUACAAAUGUGAUCAGUGUGGGGCAGCUUUUAUCAGACAAGGUGAUCUAAGGAGUCAUCAGCGUAUUCACGCUGGGGAUAAGCCUUACAGAUGUGAUCAGUGUGGGGCAGCUUUUACCGAACAAGGUCACCUAAGGCGUCAUCAGCGUAUUCACACUGGGAAUAAGCCUUACAGAUGUGAUCAGUGUGGGGCAGCUUUUACCAGACAAGGUAGUCUAAGGCGUCAUCAGCGUAUUCACACUGGAUGAAAAAAUUGUCUGUGAUCAGUGUGGGGAAGCUUUUACUUGGAGAGCUCUGUUAAAGGUACCAAUUUAAACAUGUUAUGUUGUCCUGAGAAAAAAAGAAAUGUGGAGUUUUGUUUUCAAUUUCAACUGUAAAAUGUGUUUAAAUUAGAUUUU